UUCAAUAUAAUGGCACUCUGGAAAAGUGUCAUUGUGAUCAUAUUUUUAUAUAUCUGGGGAUGUAAAUCUCAAGACAAAGUUGAUCAGCACACAAAGAUUCAGUCUGCUUUUGAAGGUGAUGAUGUAACAAUCAACUGUACAUAUCAGACGUCUUACACAACCCCGACUCUCUUCUGGUACCAGCAGAAAGUUAAUGGGAUCCCCAAGUACAUGUUGAAUAGAUACUCUAACUCUGGACAUGAGGAUGAAUUCGAGGAGAGAAGAUUUCAAGCAAAUCUCAGCAAAACUUCAGUUCCUCUGACAAUCAAGAACCUGUGUGUGUCUGACUCUGCUGUGUAUUACUGUGCUCUGAAGCCCACUGUGACUCAAACACACUCAACACUCACACAAAAACUCUCACAGUGUAACAGCAUCAGAGAUGAAGUCACUCUGUCCUGUAAAUAUGAUGGAUCAGUUAAUAACCUGCACUGGUAUCGUCAGUAUCCGGGAUCCAAACCAGAGUUCCUCGCAUACAUUUAUCCACAUGGAACCCCAAGUGAUCCUCUUCCUCCUCGUCUUUUACCUAAAGUCGAUAAAAACAACAAUCUCGUGAGCCUGAAGAUCUCCUCUGCUGAAGUACCAGACUCUGCUCUUACUGCGCACUGA